UCUGGGCACAGGUGGGUGGCACUGCAGAGUGGCACAGGUGGGUGCACUGCUGGGCACAGGUGGGUGGAGCUAGUGGGCGCACUGCUGGGCACAGGUGGGCGGAGCUUGCGGGUGGCACUGCAGGUGGGCACCGAUCAUCAGGGCACUGAUCAUCAGUGCCCUGAUGAUCGGAUCUGACAGCGUGAGGAAAGUGCAGCCGAGAACCGGCACUUGCAUUUUCCUCUGAUCAGCGUGUCAUUGGACACCGCUGAUCACGUGGUAAAAGGCCGCUGUGAUUGGCCUUUUACCACAUCACGUGAUCAGCUGUG